AUGCACUUGCCGAUAAGGGCGGCUUCGCGAGGCCAAAACCUAACAAAGGAAGACAUUCACGUAUUUCCACAAAAUUGGCGAUGUGAUAUGGAAACAUACUAUGAUAAAUACCAUUUCAUACGGUAUUCAAACGAUCCUAGCGGGACACUUUUGGAGGAUCUGACCACGCUGCUGAGAUCUCAAAAUGUAUCGGAAUCUGCGAUCAACUACAUUUCUGAGACGCUUCGUUCCGGACGUACAGCCCACAGUACUGUCAAGUCUGCAGCUCGAGUGUUUUUCGAAGAUCGAAUUCGGCAAAGUCCGUAUCUUAUGGAAUUGAUUGUUCGCCUAUUCUAUCACGAUUACAAGCUGCUUCACUAUCCUUUGCCGGAUCUGGAUCGGCUCUCCGGAACAGGAUCCUACGCACGCUAA